AUGAUGACAAACUUCGACAUUUUCGACGAGUUCGACGCGGCGAUUCAAAAAGUCGACAGAGAGAUUUUGAACUUGAAGUUAGAAAGUAAGAAAAACGAGCGAGAGCUCUUGAGUUACUCGAGAAGGCGAAUUUCUCGGGCGCAAUCUUUUUCGACAACUUCGCCAGAUUCAGGAUUUUCUGAUGACAUUGAUAAGCAGCAUUCAAGCAGUCAGUCCUUCGUCGUUACUGACAAACACAGGAAGUAUGCGAGGAGGAAAAGGACGAUGCGGAAAAUAAGAUCUAUCUCUACCAGAUCAAAAUGGAGCAAGGAAGAGCCGAUUUCCGAGGAGAAACAGGAGCUGAUGAACAUUGAGGAAGAAAUUUGCGUGUUCAAGAUCAAAAAGCUGCUUUCCUCGGCGCCACCUGGCAUUUCAGAUGAUCCCUGUUGGCUGCGGUUGAUCUCUGCCUUUCCACUUCAACGGAACCUCGUCCAGGGGCUCGUGCUUCCAUCUGAUUUUGCUCAAGUUAAAUCUCUCAAACCUCCAGCCGAUCUACAUGACGCUGUGUACCGAAAAGACAUGAACACUUGGCACGUCCUUCCCGGCCUUGCAGAUUUUUCAAGCACGAAAACUGAUCCAACUGAUUGCAGUGUUUUGGACUUGUCUUUCUGCGAGUCCUACUGUGAUACAUCGGAUGAUUGUGACAGUAUAAAGAGCCUUCCUUCAAUCGGCUCAGGGAAAACUCCAAGUCCGAUUAAAAAGGGACUCAAGAAGCUUAUCAGUGGUCGAAGGCGGCGGGGGACAUCUUAUUUUGGCCGUGAUCAAGAUGUGCGGUCGAAGAGUGAAGGAGACACCCUUAGCGCUUCCAAGAAGAAACUUCAGAAGCCUCUCUCACAAAAACCGCGGAUGGUCAUAAGCGAUCCCGAAAUUGUUAAUCUUCCAGAAAACAUCUCAAAGAUGCGGCUAAAGAGCAUAACAGAGACAUAA